GGGCAUAAAAGGGGGGUGUUGCGAGCGCGGCGGGCGGCCCCUCCGCAGCGCGCAGGGACCGGCACCGGGCGGCGGCGCCUGGCCGGGCGAGGGCGAGAGCGCGGCGCGGCGUGGGCUCAGUCUAUCUGGCCGUCACCAUGGGUGAUCAAGCUUUGAGCUUCCUGAAGGACUUCCUGGCAGGUGGCAUCGCCGCUGCCGUCUCCAAGACCGCGGUCGCCCCCAUCGAGAGGGUCAAAUUGCUGCUGCAGGUCCAGCAUGCCAGCAAACAGAUCAGUGCUGAGAAGCAGUACAAAGGGAUCAUUGAUUGCGUGGUGAGAAUCCCCAAGGAACAGGGCUUUCUCUCCUUCUGGAGGGGUAACCUGGCCAACGUGAUCCGCUACUUCCCUACCCAAGCUCUCAACUUCGCCUUCAAGGACAAGUACAAGCAGAUCUUCCUGGGGGGCGUGGAUCGGCAUAAGCAGUUCUGGCGCUACUUUGCUGGUAACCUGGCUUCCGGUGGGGCAGCCGGGGCCACCUCCCUUUGCUUUGUCUACCCGUUGGACUUUGCUAGGACCAGGUUGGCUGCUGAUGUGGGCAAGGGCGCCGCCCAGCGUGAGUUCACUGGUCUGGGCAACUGUAUCACCAAGAUCUUCAAGUCUGAUGGCCUUAAGGGUCUUUACCAGGGUUUCAGCGUCUCUGUCCAGGGCAUCAUUAUCUACAGGGCUGCCUACUUCGGUGUCUAUGAUACUGCCAAAGGGAUGUUGCCUGACCCCAAGAAUGUGCACAUUUUUGUGAGCUGGAUGAUUGCUCAGAGCGUGACAGCGGUGGCUGGGCUGGUAUCCUACCCUUUUGACACUGUUCGUCGUAGGAUGAUGAUGCAGUCUGGCCGGAAAGGGGCUGAUAUCAUGUACACGGGGACAGUUGACUGCUGGAGGAAGAUCGCAAAAGAUGAAGGAGCCAAGGCCUUCUUCAAGGGUGCCUGGUCCAAUGUGCUGAGAGGCAUGGGUGGUGCUUUUGUAUUGGUAUUGUAUGAUGAGAUCAAAAAAUAUGUCUAAUUGUAAUUAAAACACAAGUUCAUGGAUGCGCAGCGAACUUGAUCCAUAAAUUCACAGAUCCAUUGUGUGGUUUAAUAGACUAUUCCUAGGGGAGGUAAAAAGACAGAUCUGGGAUAGAACCAAAUCGAAAGGAAUACCUCAGAAAAAAAUGCUUCAUUGAGUGUUCAUUAAACCACAAAUGUAUUUUGUAUUUAUUUUACAUUUAAAUUCCCACAGCAACGAGAAAGUAACUUAUCAUACUUAACUGAAGAACUGAUAAUGAAAAAAUAACUGAAUUUGAAACACCAAUAAACACUAUUAAUGCA